AUCCUGUCGUGUUAUGCGGGUCACAAUUUCCUGAUGAUGGUGAUGGUGAUUAUUUAUACGCAGUUUUAAGCAAGAUUAUGGAAAACACAAAGUAUUACGCACGCGUUGCACUUGGAGCCUAUUCUAAUCCAAUGUUAUAUGUACACCCGGACUUCAAAUGUAUUCUGGCAAUGGAUGAGGAUAAACUCGAACAUACAGAUCCACCUCUGCUCAACCGAUUUGAAAAACAGAGAUUAACAAUUAAUGAUAUACUCUCUGAACGCCAAAAAGAACUCUGUGAAGUUUUGCUUAAAUGGGUUCAUCAAAUAUCAAAAUUACAAAGUGCAAAAGCAAAUGAGUUCAACGAAAAAGACAUUUUUAUAGGAUUUGAUAAAGAAGAAACCGUUCAGAGCUUGAGGUUAAUAGCCAUUGCAUCAUUAGACGGUAUUGUGCGAGCUAGGCAAUCCAUUUUAAACAUGAGAAAUCCUCAAGAAAUUAUUGAAUUGAAUAAUUCCUAUUUUAAUAGUGGUCUGCAUGAUGAUAUUGAGUCAUGUUUGAGGUUAUUGCUUGGUGAUGGAAAAAGUCGAGAAAAUAAAGAUGGUCAAUUAAUCAUCGUAAAUACAUUUUCUAACAUUAAUACUGAUGUUAAAUCUUGCUUAGAUGCAUUGGUAACUUGCCAAGUGGAUAAGCUUUCGACAUUCAAAACAGAAGCUCAACUUCAAGAUCGAAUAAAACAUUUUUGGCUAGAUAGUAACGAUGAACUUUUAGUUCUACAAUGCGAUCUAUCAACAGUGAAUUUUGGAUGCAUUAAAUUGGCGAAAUUCAUUAUCGAACAAAUAAGAACAAAAUAUUUGGAAAAAAAACGGAAAGUAGACAUUAACAUACCAAUUAAGCAUGCUUGUAUCAUCUUACAUAUUCAUCGUGAACAGAAAGCCACUACUGUUUCAUUCGAUUUCAUAUGUGGAUGGAAUCAAAUUACUGUUGGAACAUUGACACCGGAAGAGGAAAACAUGCAAAUUUUUAUGCAAGGAAAGAUCACAAAUGUUAUGAAUUCAGUUUUCCCAUUUGAAGAGAUCUUAGAGCAGGAAUUAUUAUGGUGUCUCCUCUGCAUUAAGUAUCCAUCUACAUUAGAAUCCGUAGAGCAUAUUAAGUACCUUGUUGAUGAAAUUCCUCAACAUUCCCGAUUUAUAGAAGUUUUAAAACAAAGAACAUUGAAAUGGUUAAAUGAAAACAUUUCCGCAGAUUGGCAGUUGCAGGUUGCCUCUGACAAAAAAAUACUUUAUCUACAUUCAUCAUUUGCAUCUGCUCUUAGAGCUUAUGUUCGAAUUAUUGUGAGGAAAUAUAUUGCAAAGUUGUUAUGCGUACUUGAACGGCUGUCUGCUCUCAAAACUUUACUAAAUUUAGAGCGGAAAAACGGUGACAAUCAUCUUAUUGAAUUUUGGUAUCAGAUGUUUAACGAUGAUAGUAUUAUUGACAUUGAAACCCUGAUGGAUGCUAAACCUGAUGGAUAUCCUAUAACAAAUGGCCCGUAUAGCAUGGAAUUCCCAUUCUCAUUUUAUAUUAUCAAACAAAUUAAUAAUUAUGAAAAGCUUUAUUUGGAGGACGUUAAGAUGCUUGAAGAUAAAAAAAAUAUCGAUAAUGUUACAGGAAAUUUAUCGAACGAAGUACUUGUUAAUUGCUUUGAAAGACACUUAAAAAAAUCAAAUGACUUAUAUUACAAAGAUUUUCUUACUUUUAUCUCUUCUGGACUUGGAGGCAUUGAGAAUUGUAAACUUAUCGAUCUUUUACUACUACGACGUUUGGGUAAAAAACUAAUCCUGAAUCCUAUAAGACUUCAUACUUAUUGGUGGGCUAAAUCAGAUAUUAUAAUUGCUGAAUUACAGUUAGCUAAACUAUGUUCUUCAAUUACUAAUGAAUUAGACAAAGAAAUAAGUGAUGAUUCUGAUUUCAAGAAUUCUAUAAAAGAUCUUUCAGAUUUAGCUAUUCAGUUAACGCUAGACCGUUUCCACAUGAUGAACGAUAAAAGAGAAUUGCAAGAAUGGCAGAUUGAAGCCUCUCAAGUUAUUCACCUUUGUUCAGAAUUGUCAACGGAUUCCUCACCCUUUCUUCAUCUUCUUAAUAUAUGCAACGAUCUUGUAUCAAAAAAAAUAGUUUAUCCGAAUCAUCUUUCGACAAUUAUUAACCUUGGACGCAAUUAUGAUGAGAUUAUUCCGCUUGAAUCACCUGAUCGGUUGUAUGUUUAUGAGCAACUGUUUGCACAAGCUCAAUCAUCACACUUCACGGCCUUUACAAUACAUUGCAUUUUUCGUUCGGAAGAGAAGGAUUGGUUCUCAACUAUAAUAAGGAAUGCAAAUGAAGUAUUAAAUUUUUCAUCAAGACUCAAUAUAAUAAACCGACAAUUAGAAAGGAAUCAUGACUCACAGUUAGCAGCAUUGUGUUGUGAUGUUAUUCAAAAAGGAUUUUUUGCCAGGGCUGAGUUGCAAAGACUUAAAGGAUUAUUUAAAGAUGCUAUACAGGUUUUAUGUGCCAUUAACGUCAAACCAUUACAACUUGUUUGUGCCAUAGCUCUAUUAAAGCAGUUUGUUGAUGAUUUAUGGUCAUCAGCAACCUUAGACAAAGCUUUUACUGAACCGAUAAAAUUUAAUUUUAUUGAUUCAAAUGAGUUCAUGUUCAUCCUAAAUGAAUUGAUGCAGAAACCACAUCCAUUAAUCCAAUCGCUCAAGUUCUAUUUUCUAAAGAAUUUACGAGCUCGCAGUUUCACAAUGAGUGAUCUUAAACAAUUCUUCAAUCUUAACCAAACGACUCUACCAUGGCUUUCUGAUUUACCAUGGAAUAAAGAUGAUAAUUCUCGAUUACCUCUUAAUCCAUACUUUAUGUUUAAAGAAUAUGACGAAGCAGAGGAUGCUUUGAACAAACCAAAAUUAAAGGACUUUUUAAAGAAGCUUGAAUCAUAUAACAAAUUUAAUUUGCGCAUUUCUUUUAUUGGGGCUAUU